AUGGCAAAGAUCGAAACUGACUUGUUCCUUCUCGCAGUAUACGUCAAGGGCAAGCACCUGUCCUAUCAACGAGGAAAGCGCAACACAAACCCAAACACCUCUCUGCUCAAGAUCGAGGGUGUUGAUGACACCAACGCCGCAAAAUUCUACCUAGGAAAGCGCGUCGCAUUCGUCUACCGAGCCUCGAAAGAACGACAAGGCAGCAAGAUCCGAGUCAUCUGGGGCAAGGUCACCCGCCCUCACGGCAACAGCGGUGUCGUCCGAGCAAAAUUCAACCACAACCUGCCACCCAAGAGCUUCGGUGCCAGCGUCAGAGUCAUGCUUUACCCCAGUUCGAUAUGA